GGUUGAAGACAAAAUGGCGACAUCCAUGGCUGGACCAUUCGAUAUUUGGUUGACAGAAAGAUUGAAAUCUGCUAGCGCUGACAUCGAUACAGAUGUAUUCGUUAGUUAUAUCAUUGGAAUAUUGGAAACCGAAUCAACAGACGAAGAAAGAGAAGAAAGUAUAACGGAGUUACUGGCUAGUGUUGUUGUAAGUCAACUAACUUGUACUAAAAAUUAGUAAUUUAUAGAGUUUAUAGUAAAAAUUAGUAAUUUAUAGAGUUUAUAGUCAAUAUAGACAUAGUAAAUAGUAUGAUUAUAGUAAUCAUAGUAUGACUUGACCAUAUAGACAUAGUAAAUAGUAAUAGUUAAAGUAAAAAGAAGGCUUUGAUUUGAAAUGUUCUUCAUAGUACAACAUCAACAUCCUUCUCAACUAGGCCUGGCCUAGGUUACUCUUACUACUUACUCUUACUCUUAGUUUAGUUAAGUAGUUUUUAAAGCGAUGAUUUUUAUCUUUUUUUCUAAAGGCAGUGUCUACACGUCUGGCGCCGGACGUAUAUCUCCUACACUAUUUGUCCGGCGACCAAGUCACAUGACCGCCGGAAGAAUACUUUAUCGAGAUAUUCGUCCAGCGAUCAUGUCACAUGACCGCCGUAACAAAGUGGCCCGAGAUAUUGUCCAUCAGCCUUGUCACGUGACCGCGAAUGAUUCAAAGCCAUUGUUAAUUAAUUUUAAUGCACUAUCUUGCAAACAAAUAAUAGAAAAAAAUACUUUGGUAUAUUGCCUAAACAAAGUGGGGGUUAAGCAAAAAUGCAUUCUAGAAGGAAGCAAUGCUGAGAGGGAGAGAGAAUUACGGUAAAAAAAAAAUACAAUGCUAAAAUAAUAAUAGUGAGGGUGAUAAAUAAUUAAGUUUAAGGCGUGGAGGCCUAUAGUUCACAAAGAAAUAGACCCUACAUCUUAAUAUAGGGCCGAUAUAGUUGGGAGCCUAGCCUACUUCUCAUGCAAUACUAAAUACUAAUCCGGAAAUACAACUUUAUAGACAUAGGUCUAUUAAAGUCUACUGGCUACUGGUCUUAUUUUAUUGGUUCAUAUUUUAGAUAUAGGCUUCAAGGUAGAGCUUUACACAAGACGUAUUAACCAAGAUAAGGGACUUUUUUCUUUGAAGAGUCGGAAUCAAAUAGACUAGAAAUAGUAGUAGUAAUAGUACUACUAGUUAGUAGUAAGUAGUAAUAGUACUACUAGCUAGUCUAUAGGCAGACUAGUUUAAUAUUCAAAGUCAAACACUUUAUGUAUCUCAGAGCAUUUGAAUAUAUUAACAUGUUCAGCAUUUAUUUGUUAUCUAGGGAUCGGAAUAUCAAAUGCAAUGCAACUAUUUUCUCGGCGACCACUUGUCACAUGACCUGCCGGAAUAAUAACGCCUACCAGGCGUUUGAGGGUCACGUGACAUGCCCGCUGGACGUAUAUCUCCCACGCUAUUUGUCUGGCGCGCCGGACGUGUAGACACUUCGUUUUCUAAAUGCCAGUUUAUUUUAUCUUUUAAUUUUAAUACAAUGGUAGGCACUUCGAUGAGAUCCGGGAUUGCGGAAAACCGGGUAUCGUGAUUUUGUUAUCAAAAUGGCGACCUCCACUUUUUAAUUUACUGAGAGCCUAGUUGUUUACGAUUUUUUGGUUAAUUAUAGCCCAACAUGCACAUUCUAUUUCUGCCCACAACUUUGAGUAGUCAUGUUGUUUUAUGAUUAGCCACUUCCGUUCUAAAAAAUAUUUGAGGUCUUAACUUGAAAUUUGAAGGUAAAAAUAAUGCUUAUUUUACUCACUCAUAUUUUUUUUUUUUUUUUUCAAAGGUUGUCUUUCUUAAAUAAAAAGACGUCGGUGGAUAAUAGCAUAAAUUACAACAUAAAUAAAAAAUUCAAGAGGUUAGGACCCAGUUCAAUGGUAAAAAAAUGCCUACCAAAUUUUUGUCACGUGUGCCAAAAUGACCUAUUAUCGAUUACGAUUUUUUUUUUUUUUUUUUUUAAAGUUAAUAACUUGAUUUACACUGGAAAUCCAGCUUAUUACUCCAUAACAACUCAUUAAAAAACAAAAACAAAGGAGGAAAAUCCAUAGUAAAAAAAUGCCUUUGAUGUGCCUACUAAAAAAUUCAUAACUUUUGAACCACUUGAUCUAGAAAGUUGCUCUCGGUGUUUUUGUAAUAUAUUCUCCAGGCUCUAUACAGCUGUAGUAUUUUUAUAUUUUUAAAAAUGUUUUGAAAUUUUUAUCAAAGUGCCUAACAAUGGUCAGUGGACUGCACAGCUACCCCACAUAGUUCUGUUUUCAUUUUGUGCUGUUACUUUAUUACAUUUAAAAAUAACUUUAAAAGUCUUAAAAUUACAUUGAUCAUGGAUGUUUUUGUUUGGAAGUAAAAGUUAAAAUAUUGUAUCUAGUAUAUGUUAAAUUGUUUGCAUAAACAUCAGUUAGGAGAAUUGGGGAACCACCGCUAAAAUUUUGGGACCCGACAAAUAAGUACAUGACAAACAACCACUUAGUAAUCGCGUCAAGAAAAAACUCUGUAUUGACAUCACUGCAUUCACCUUCAUAGACAAAGCAUGCGCCAAAUUUAGGAGAGAGAUAAUUAUUUAUGUUUUUGUUUGCAAAAACCAUCAUAAAUGAUGCCAUCUUUUGCCUUGAUUUGAUUUCCCCAUCAAAACAUCUGAUUCAAAGCCAUUUAAUACACUCUGGACCUGUAAGGAAUAUGUACAUUUGACUUUUCUUGUUCUCAGAAAACUCCUACUUAUUCUACAAGUCACUUGUGGAGCCAUAAGUAUUGACGUAUACCAACAUGCAAUUGAGAUAAAGAUAACAAUCUAUACAUGAGCCUGAAAUCGGUCAAAUCAUUUAUUGUGUCUCUUUGACACAAACACUUUUAAUCUUUAACCUUUGGUUUCACACUGACAAUAAAUCACAUGAACUCACUGUCAUUAAUUAUUUUUCUUCACAGUGACUUCCGUGAGUGCAUUAUUAGGGGGAAAAAAUACAAUUUUAUUGGGAAUGUGAAAUCAGCUACGUAUUGCUCCUAUUGAUUUUAUUAUAGCUAAUGAUCCAGUAACACACAACUGUUAAAUAUGGCACUAAGUGUUGGUAAUAUUAAAUUUUCUGUUGGUAAAAUGAAAAUAUUAAGGCUGAACUUUUCAGGAUUCCAGUUUAGUCGCAGAUCUUUACACGUCUAUUGUGAAGGAGUGGGAUUCUGAGAAUCAGUCUAAAAAAGCUGCAAUUGUCAAAGAAGGUAACCACCAGUUAAAUAAAAUUGUCUUUGAGCUAAAUUAUCAUAUUAUAUUUUAUUCAAUCAUAAAUUAAAUAUUUAAUCACGCGUAAACAGUAUUUAAGUUACCUUUGUUUUCCCCACUCGAUGUGUAUAGUUAAAAAAAAACAUUUUCUGUAAUUAGGUGUAUGCUAGAGAUUAGUCAAAUAGCAUUAUAAAAAAUUAACAAAAUAAAAGCAUCAAAUAUAAUACUUAAAAUUUCUCUCUUUACUUGGAUUUGAUGAUUUAAUGGUGGUUAGUUAUACUGUUAACACUUUUGAAAUCAUUAAAAAUGGUCUCAAUGGAUAUUCUGUUUUUUUAUCAUUUCAUCAGAUAUAGGUGAUAAGCUCUCAGCCAUUCUGGGUAAACAGACAUUAGCCACAGUGCAGGAGAAGAAACUAACCAAAGAAGAAGCUGAUAGAAAGGCAGCCAUAUUGGCUCAGUAUGGACAGGUUUCUGAUGGUGAUGAGUAUCCUUGAAGGAAUUAUAUAACUAAGCAUUUAACCACAUGUGAACUAUAUAAUUUUAGAAUUAUUUAAUGAGUUGGAAAUAAAAUGUGUUUUUAGCAUAUGCUUGCAAGAGUGGGCUAUAGUAUUUGUGUUGUACACAACAGUGGUAGAUAUCUAAUUUUCAGAAAUAUUUUAAAGAUUAGUAAACAUUAACUAGGAUUGUAAAAUAAUUCAAAGGACAUCUUCUUUUCCGCCCCCUCCCCCAUCUCUUUAUAAUUAUCAGAUUGCUAUCAGAUGUUGUUAAAAUCCCUAAUUAAUUAUUUUUAAAUGUUAAAACCUUAAUGAAAACUCUCAGAAGUGACUCAGAUGAACGCAGUGAUGUUGAUGACAGCCCUGCACUCGGAGCAACAGGAGUAAAUCCAGCUAAGCUAGAGUCAACUAAUCGUAUCCUUUUUUUUUACUUAAUCUUGUUGUUAUUUUUUUAAACAUGUAAAGCCAUGUGCAACUAAAACAAGUGCAACUUACAUUAGUCUGUGGACCAGUUUCUAAAUUACGUCCAUAUUUGUGGACCAGGUAGUAGAUCAAGAUGACGAUCCCAUUUUAACAUAGCUCAUUCAUUGUUUUUUUUAAUAUUUUGAAUAACCGUUUGGUUUUUUUAGUGGAGUGGUUUUGUCUUUGUUUUAGUGACAUAAAUUAUGUGUACCAGCUGACAUGACAGCUGACUAUCCCUAUGCUGAAGUUUGUAUUCAAAUGACUUGAAAUAUUCCUUGAACUUAGGCCCCAACUGACCGCAACACCCCCCCCCCCCCUUUUCUCUCUCCUUUUAUCUUGGCUUUCUUUGAAUUCAAGUAGGUUGUCCACAAAAAUUUCACACAUUAUAUCCCUAUGCUGAAGUUUGUAUUCAAAUGACUUGAAAUAUUCCUUGAACUUAGGCACCAACUGACCGCAACACCCCCCCCCCCCUUUUCUCUCUCCUUUUAUCUUGGCUUUCUUUGAAUUCAAGUAGGUUGUCCACAAAAAUUUCACACAUUAUGGCCAGUGUCACUGUCACAUCAUGUCCGAUCUGACGGUCAAAUCAUGGCCAGUCUCACUGUCACAUCAUGGCCAGUCUCACUGUCGCAUCAUGGCCAGUCUCACUGUCACAUCAUGGCCAUUCUCACUGUCACAUCAUGGCCAGUCUCAUCUCAGACCUGUUUACUCUCGCGAUUUUGGCGUACAAUGUACAAUUUUAAGCUGUAUACAUGUUUAUACUGUAGGUUUAUUAUUUUACAAUUAAGAUAAUGUUUUAAACGAUUUUGUGAUGAUAUUGUACGAGUUGAAGAGUUUGAGGGUAAACAGGUCUGCAACAUGGCCAUUCUCACUGUCACAUCAUGGCCAUUCUCACUGUCAAACAAUGGUACUUUUGUUAUUAGAUUUAAGCAUGACAUAAAAUUAAAGAUGUUUUUUUUUUUAAUUUAUUAUUUUUUUUAUUUUUAUUUUAAACAUUUCAGCAGUGGUUCUUAUCUUUUGACUUGACGAGACCUUUUUUUUUUUGUGAUAAAUGAUCAUAAAUUUUUAUGGGGAGCCCCUUAGGCCAAUCCUUCAACCUAGUAGUGUUUGGAAGUUUCCUGGACCAGCCAUGAGCUCCUAAGAAGUACAUUUAGAGCCCUUAUCCCUAAGGGCUCAACUAGGCACUUUUUGAAAACCAAUCAUAUAGAGUAUUUGAGUUACUUGUGUUUCACAUACAUGGAAUUUUGAUCAUUUCGACUGCAAUAUUUAAGACUUCAGAGAAAAUUUCAAUUUAAAAAUGAAUUUUCAGCCUUUGAUUAUACAUUGUUAAAGCAUAAAUUGUUAACCUGCACGUCUCCAUAUGUGUUUGGUACCUAGCUGUGUUAAGUGUCUUAUCUGACAUGUAUUGAUGACGUUAAUCAUUUAAUAUUUUACUUUAUCAUAGGCAUCAGUUUUUAGUCCUUAGUCAAAGCUCUAUUUCCCAUCUUUGAGACAUUUCAGAAUUCUGACCAAAAAAGCAACCACACUCCCCCUAACCUAUUAGAAUGAGUUAUCAAAAGUUGCCUGUAUUUGAACAGUUAUCUGUAUUCAAAUGAUUUUUUUGUAUAAAUUCAAACCACGUUUUAGCAACAGGUUUGUAGUUAAAUUUCACAUUUUGUUAGCUCAUGGUAUCAAAUUAGACCAUAGAGAGUUUGAGAUUUGUCAUUUACUUAAUUCUUUAAUGGAUGACCUCUGACAGUUGUUUUCCUUAAGCUGUUUUUUCAGCAUUGCUGAUCAGAAAUGUGAACAAAGAAGAGGUGCAGAGAGCCGAACGAGAGAAGAGAGAAAAGGCUAAAGAAGAGCAAGAGAAGAAGAAAGAAAAAGACAAGCAGGACAGACUUGCGCAGAAGCAGAAGCAGCAAGAGAGGAAAGAAUCGGAGAAGAAACGAACCUCUAAAGGCGAGAAAAAGAGAUAGCGCCAUUCGAUAUUGAUUAGGAAAAUCUCAUGCAAUAGUGAUUUAGGGUUUUAAGUAUUUAUAAUUUACAUCUUUAUCGUUUUUGUAACAUCACGGGUUUGGUCGAUGGUGGAGAGUUUUAAAAAGUUGGAAUCUCUGAUGAGAUUUGGAUAAUAAAUGUGCUGUAAUUGUAAUAUUUUUUUAGUGUCCAUGAUAUGUGGGAGGGGCUUGAAGGUCUUUCAUGAAACCAGACAUUUAUUUAGGUCUUAAUCAUAAGUAAGAAUUCAGUGUUUGUCUCUAUUUGUUAUAAACCAACAAACUUUGACAUUUUUAUAGAAUUUGUUAUAUGACUUGGUAGAAGAUUUUGUAAUAUUUAUCAAUGUGGUGUGUAUUUAUUUUGACUUUUAUAAUUCAAGAGCAAGGAGGAGUAUACAUAUCACAUUAGCUCACAGCUCUCAUUUCAUCAUUUGUUUAUCUUUGAAAACAGGAUCUUGAAGAAUUUAACAUAGUUCAGAGUUGUUUUUUUUAAAUGUUUCCGGUGCGAUAUGAAGUAGUGUUCCCAUAAGUGUUGACUGUAGUGUUUCUUGACCUUGGAAGUCAUCACUUGGGAUUAUUUAAAUAAAAAAUUUAUAUUGAAAGUGAACAGUCAUAUUUAAAAUUAAUUUACAUCAUUUUCUCUCUCUCUCUCUCUCUCAUGUAGUUUGGUGGCCAUCCAUUCAUGUAUGUAAUUAUAUUGGUGGUUAUUUUAUAUCCCCACUGUACUUUUGUUUCUAGUUUUUAAAUAAAUAUUUGUCUCCAAGCAGUAAAAAUUGAUCAGUCUGACCAGUAUCAAAACAUAGAAAAUUGUCCAUGGUUCUGACUAACUUGUCAUCAAAGAAAACCGGUAUAUGCCGAAAUUGGAUUUAUUUUCUUUCCUAUUUGUUGCCAUCAGUCGUGUUUUAUCCUUCUAUUUGUUUGUGAGUAAUUUUGUUUAACCAAAAAAUGCAUUUAUAUGUAUUUAUUAAUUUAAUUAUAAUUCUUCAAAAUGUAAUAAUUGCUAAACUUCAAUUUACUCAAGUACUGAUAAUGCCGUGGCGCUUGUAGGCUUUGUGCCGCUUGUAGGGUUUGUGCCGCUUGUAGGGUUUGUGCCGCUUGUAGGGUUUGUGCCGCCUGGGGCGAGAAAGAGUUUUGCCACGCCCCUUUCAUAAAAAAAAAAUGUUACAGGAUAAAAUUAGCAAAAUAAUUUCAUUAAAAUCUAUUUAUUAAAUUCUUAUCUCCUAAUUAAUUAAAAGAGGCCUUUUCCUUUAUUUGAUAUUUAUUAAGAAUUAUAUAGGCCAGAUUUGAAGCAGAUUGAUUAUGAAGUGGUGGAGAGAAGCUUGGAGAUAAUAAUUAUUAUUGGCCUAAUUUGGCAGAUUUGAACUUUUUACCAUUAACUUUUAACCAAAUGACAAAUUUAUAUUAUAUUUCUUUAAACUUAAACCUUUGCUGCACAUGCUGCCUCUUGGUGUGAUGUGAUCUGUUCUUCAGCCUACGGUGGAACUUUAUUUUUUUUAAAUUAAACAUGCUGGUUGUUUUCAAUAUCUUCUGUCCCUAAACCAUUUUGAAAAAAAACAAAAAAACAUUAAACAUCCCCUGUCUCCCCUAGGUAGGUAUGCAAUUUGUGAGAGCUGAAGAUUUUUGCUCAGCUUGCUUGGCACCACAUUUUCAUGGGUAUGCUGAUUUAAGCACAUAUGCCCAGCACCGUUGUUAUGACCCAGCUAUGUAAAAAUGAGUUAUGCACACAUCCACAUAUUGUUGACAAGCCGUCUGUUUUUAUCAGUGUUGUUAUGAAAAGUUUUUUUGUUUUUUUCCAGUACUCUGUAAGACAAACUGGUAUGGUUUGGAUGUCAAUAAUUACUGAUCAAUAGAUGGGGCAAAAAAUAGUCCCUAAUUCUCUCUGCAAAAUGUAUCUAUUCAGGGCAAAUUAAUGUUGGAUUAACAGAUAUUAUAUUUAUCAGUGCACUUUAAAAAAAUAUAACCGUGGCCCAUCCAUUUGGAUAUCCUCCUUAAUUUGAAACAUUUAUUUAAUUUUAACCACCUUUUUAAAAAUAAUCCUCUGAUUAUAUAUUCCUUUAUGCCAAGUUAAUUGUAGAGCAGUAGCAUGACAGUGACAGCAAUCAACAACCUCUUUGCUCAUUCAUAAAACAGUCUAGAUGAAAGUUUUCAAAAUUACAAAAUAUUUGCCACCAAGUAUGAAUGAUUAUUCUAGACACAUAAACAAGAAAAAGGAAAUAGAAAAUGAUUUUGUUUUUCUGCUUAACAUAUGGUGUAAGUGAAACCUAUCACUACCUAUCACUUUAUUUUUAAAAUUUUAGGUUAACCUUUUCUUAUGAUUGGAAUUUAUUGCAUUUUUUUUUAUUAAAUAAAAAAUCUUUAAAUUAAAUCAUAAAAAUAUUUUAUUGAUGUUCAUCUUCGCUUUACAAAGUAAAUGAGCACGUACUUA